UUUUAAUUGAAAUUUUUGUAGCAACUAAUGAUACAAUUAAUAAAGGUAAAUAAAAAAUAAUAACGUUACAAGUAAAAAGGGAAAUUGCUAUUUCAUUAAUGAAGGAAGCAGAAGAGUGAAGACAGUUGCAGAAAUGGAGGACUGGAAAUCGACCUACCGUUUACUUACAUACUGCAAACACUUUUUUCAUCGCCGAUUAAACCCUAAUUUUCACAAUUCUAAGCCAUUUUGCACCUCAGGUUCAAGGUAUCAUUGUAGCCAACCUUCUCAGUUGGUAAAACCUUAUAUUUGUAAUUAUCAACAAGAAUUUCAAACAUUUAAACAUCUCCCGGUAUCUCUGGGUACGAAUCCAUGGAACAGAUGCAGAAGCCAGUAUAGAUGUUUUGCUUCUCAGGCCAGCAUUAUUCAAAGAAGACCAGAUUUUUCAACAAUUAGUUCAGAAGACUUGAGCUAUUUCAAAAAUAUAUUAGGGGAAAGAGGGGUGGUUCAAGAUGAAGAGACACUCGAUGCUGUGAACACGGAUUGGAUGAGGAAAUACAAGGGCACCAGUAAACUUAUGCUCCAACCUCGGACAGCAGAGGAGGUAUCUCAGAUUCUUAAAUAUUGCAAUUCCAGGUGCCUGGCUGUUGUUCCACAAGGGGGGAAUACAGGUCUUGUGGGAGGAAGUGUUCCUGCUUUUGAUGAGGUGAUCGUCAGUAUCAGUCAUAUGAAUAAAUUCAUUUCUUUUGACAAGGUUAGUGGCAUACUGGUUUGUGAGGCAGGAUGUAUUUUGGAAAACCUCAUCGCAUUUCUUGAUAACCAAGGGUUUGUUAUGCCACUAGAUUUAGGUGCUAAAGGAAGCUGCCAAAUUGGUGGAAACGUCUCAACUAAUGCUGGUGGUUUGCGACUUCUCCGCUAUGGUUCACUGCAUGGCAGUGUGCUUGGUCUUGAAGUGGUUUUAGCAAAUGGAACGGUGCUUGAUAUGCUCGGCACUUUACGAAAAGAUAACACUGGAUAUGACUUGAAACAUUUAUUUAUAGGAAGUGAGGGAUCCUUGGGUAUUGUAACGAAGGUUUCCAUUCUUACUCCUCCAAAGUUGUCCUCUGUAAACGUAUGCUUUCUUGCUUGUAAAGAUUAUGCAAGCUGCCUGAAACUUUUGUUAGAGGCAAAGAGGAAACUUGGGGAAAUUCUUUCUGCAUUUGAAUUCCUUGAUCAUGGCGCAAUGGAUCUGGUCCUGAAACAUCUAGAAGGUGUCCGUAAUCCAUUUCCUUCCUCAAUGCAUAACUUUUAUGUUCUUAUUGAGACAACUGGAAGCAGCGAAUCUUAUGAUAGAGAGAAACUAGAUGCCUUCUUGCUGCACUCAAUGGAAAAUGACUUGAUAAGUGAUGGAGUUGUUGCACAAGAUAUAACUCAGGCAUCUUCUUGCUGGCAUAUUCGUGAGGGUAUUCCUGAAGCUUUGAUGAAGGCAGGAGGUGUAUAUAAAUAUGAUUUGUCAAUACCAGUUGAAAAGAUGUAUGAUCUUGUUGAGGAAAUGGGAGUCCGACUUGGUGCUUCAGCAAAAGUAGUCGCUUAUGGUCACCUUGGGGAUGGAAACUUACAUCUUAAUAUCUCAACUCCUCAGUAUGAUGAUAAUAUUUUAUCACAGAUUGAACCCUUCGUUUAUGAAUGGACUUCUAAGCACAAAGGGAGUAUUAGUGCCGAACAUGGCCUUGGACUGAUGAAAGCCAAUAAAAUCCAUUAUACCAAGUCACCUGAAACUGUCCAACUAAUGGCCAACAUUAAGAAGCUACUGGACCCUAACGGAAUUCUAAACCCAUAUAAAGUCCUCCCGCCUUCUCUUUUUACAGAAAGCUGAGGUGACUUGAAGGAGUUCACAGCUAAAGGGAGAGUGGAACAGACAGGUUCUACAUUGUAUAUUGUAUUGCAGUAGUAAGAUAUGGCUCUUUUAUGAUGUGAUCUUUCUGAAAGGGUCAUGACUCAUAGAUUUAUGAAAUAAAGGUAUAACUUGGCGAAUAAUUGAAGAAUUUCCAUUGAAGACGAAGCAAAGUAUGUGCAGGUUAUGGGGCUUGAGUUGGAAAAUGGGUAAAUGAGUUCCAAGUUCGACUCUUUCUCAGAGAGUGAAGAUCAACUAUACAUCACUUCUCUCCUGUUCUUUACAUCAAAUUUAUAUUUUAAUUAAAUUCAUAUUAAUCCGUUUAAAUUCAGCACAAUUCAUCAAUUUGACGCAUUUACUCACCCCA